AAUCGAUAGUUUUGCAGCUGCUUUGUGUUGGGCCGGCAAAUUAUUUAACUGGCUAAAAUUGUUGAUAAUGUUUUAAGAAGUUGCGACACCGAGCAAACCAGACCACCGCAAUGUUUUCGAUGUGCAAGCAGACGCAUCCCGCCACGGCGGUGGAGUUUUCGAUAGCGUGCCGCUUCUUCAACAAUCUGGAUGAGAACCUGGUGGUGGCGGGCGCCAAUGUGCUGAAGGUGUACCGGAUAGCGCCCAACGUGGAGGCGAGCCAGCGUCAAAAGCUGAAUCCCAGCGAGAUGCGUCUGGCGCCCAAAAUGCGACUGGAGUGCCUAGCCACAUAUACGCUCUACGGCAAUGUGAUGUCGCUGCAGUGCGUCUCAUUGGCGGGUGCCAUGCGGGAUGCGUUGUUGAUUAGUUUCAAGGACGCAAAAUUGUCCGUACUGCAGCACGAUCCGGAUACUUUUGCGCUGAAAACCCUCUCACUUCACUAUUUCGAGGAAGAUGAUAUACGUGGCGGCUGGACGGGUCGCUAUUUUGUGCCCACAGUUCGCGUGGAUCCCGAUUCCAGGUGCGCCGUCAUGUUGGUCUACGGCAAACGGCUGGUGGUCCUGCCCUUUCGCAAGGACAACAGCCUAGACGAGAUCGAGCUCGCGGAUGUGAAGCCAAUUAAAAAGGCUCCGACGGCAAUGGUCAGCAGGACGCCUAUUAUGGCAUCGUACCUGAUAGCACUGCGAGAUCUUGAUGAGAAGAUCGACAAUGUUCUGGACAUACAAUUCCUGCACGGCUACUACGAACCAACGCUGCUUAUACUCUACGAACCGGUGCGAACCUGUCCGGGAAGAAUAAAGGUGCGCUCCGAUACUUGCGUUUUGGUCGCCAUUUCGUUGAACAUUCAGCAGCGAGUGCAUCCGAUUAUCUGGACCGUGAACAGUCUACCUUUUGACUGCCUACAGGUUUACCCGAUUCAGAAGCCCAUUGGUGGUUGUCUGGUAAUGACAGUCAAUGCUGUAAUCUAUCUUAAUCAGAGUGUUCCUCCAUAUGGCGUCAGUUUAAACAGUUCAGCGGAUAACAGCACUGCAUUUCCACUGAAGCCACAGGAUGGUGUACGGAUCAGUUUGGAUUGUGCCAACUUUGCAUUUAUUGAUGUCGACAAGCUCGUAAUCUCGCUUCGCACUGGAGAUCUAUACGUGCUCACGCUUUGCGUUGACUCAAUGCGGACGGUUAGAAACUUCCAUUUCCAUAAAGCAGCCGCCAGUGUGCUAACUAGUUGUAUCUGCGUCCUGCACUCCGAAUACAUAUUUUUGGGAUCACGUCUCGGAAAUUCCUUAUUGCUGCACUUUACAGAGGAGGAUCAGAGCACGGUCAUUACGUUGGAUGACGUGGAACAGCAAUCGGAGCAGCAGCAAAGGAAUCUGCAGGACGAGGAUCAGAAUUUGGAGGAAAUUUUUGAUGUAGAUCAAGUGGAAAUGGCACCGACCCAAGCAAAAUCACGUCGCAUCGAGGAUGAGGAACUAGAGGUGUAUGGUUCUGGAGCUAAGGCAUCGGUUCUUCAGCUGCGAAAAUUCAUAUUUGAGGUGUGCGACAGUCUAAUGAAUGUAGCACCAAUCAACUACAUGUGCGCCGGAGAAAGAGUGGAAUUCGAAGAGGAUGGCGUUACGUUGCGACCCCAUGCGGAAUCUCUGCAAGAUCUAAAGAUAGAACUGGUCGCUGCCACGGGUCACAGCAAAAACGGAGCUCUGUCCGUAUUUGUAAACUGCCUUAAUCCUCAAAUCAUAACAAGUUUUGAGUUAGACGGGUGCCUCGAUGUGUGGACUGUGUUUGAUGAUGCCACAAAGAAGUCUUCGCGCAACGAUCAGCAUGAUUUCAUGUUUCUUUCACAAAGAAAUUCUACAUUGGUUUUGCAAACAGGACAGGAAAUUAAUGAGAUCGAGAAUACAGGCUUUACGGUUAACCAGCCGACCAUAUUUGUCGGUAAUCUCGGACAGCAGCGGUUCAUUGUUCAGGUCACCACCCGUCAUGUCAGAUUAUUGCAAGGAACUCGGCUAAUCCAAAAUGUCCCCAUUGAUGUGGGCUCGCCAGUGGUACAAGUGUCCAUAGCAGAUCCGUAUGUUUGCCUGCGAGUGCUCAACGGCCAGGUUAUCACAUUGGCGCUGCGAGAAACCCGCGGAACUCCUCGUCUGGCUAUCAACAAGCAUACCAUUAGCAGUUCUCCCGCCGUGGUUGCCAUUUCGGCGUACAAAGAUUUGUCAGGACUAUUCACAGUGAAAGGUGAUGAUAUAAACCUGACGGGCAGCUCAAACAGUGCAUUUGGACAUAGUUUUGGUGGCUACAUGAAGGCCGAGCCCAACAUGAAGGUGGAGGACGAAGAAGAUCUGCUCUACGGCGAUGCCGGAAGUGCCUUCAAGAUGAACAGCAUGGCGGAUUUGGCGAAACAAUCGAAACAAAAGAACUCGGACUGGUGGCGACGUCUUCUUGUGCAAGCAAAGCCCAGCUAUUGGUUAGUGGUCGCCCGUCAGAGUGGCACCUUGGAGAUCUACUCAAUGCCGGACAUGAAGCUUGUGUAUCUCGUGAACGAUGUGGGCAAUGGUGCAAUGGUUCUUACGGACGCAAUGGAAUUCGUGCCCAUUUCACUGACUACGCAAGAGAACUCGAAGGCGGGCAUUGUUCAGGCUUGUAUGCCGCAGCAUGCUAACUCUCCACUGCCAUUGGAAUUGAGUGUAAUAGGCUUGGGGCUAAAUGGAGAAAGACCCCUGCUAUUAGUCAGGACUCGAGUUGAGCUGCUAAUAUACCAGGUGUUCCGAUAUCCCAAGGGUCACCUGAAGAUACGUUUCCGAAAGCUGGAUCAACUUAAUUUACUGGACCAACAGCCGACGCAUAUUGAGUUGGAUGAGAACGAUGAGCAGGAGGAGAUAGAAUCUUAUCAAAUGCAACCUAAGUAUGUCCAAAAACUUCGACCAUUUGCCAACGUUGGAGGACUCUCCGGCGUUAUGGUAUGUGGCGUCAAUCCUUGCUUUGUUUUCCUAACAUUCCGAGGAGAACUUCGCAUACACCGGCUGCUCGGUAACGGAGAUGUGCGUAGCUUUGCUGCCUUCAACAAUGUUAAUAUUCCCAAUGGAUUCCUUUACUUUGACACCACCUACGAGCUUAAGAUCUCCGUGUUGCCCAGCUACUUGAGUUAUGACUCCAUUUGGCCGGUGAGAAAGGUUCCUCUCAGAUGUACACCAAGACAACUUGUUUACCAUCGCGAGAAUCGGGUUUACUGCCUAAUCACUCAAACGGAGGAACCGAUGACCAAGUACUAUCGGUUCAACGGCGAGGAUAAGGAGCUGUCCGAGGAAAGUCGUGGCGAGAGAUUCAUCUACCCCAUUGGCUCGCAAUUCGAAAUGGUUUUAAUAUCGCCAGAAACCUGGGAAAUUGUGCCAGAUGCAUCAAUUACCUUUGAGCCUUGGGAACACGUCACCGCCUUUAAGAUCGUUAAGUUGUCUUACGAAGGUACAAGAUCAGGACUCAAGGAAUACCUUUGCAUUGGAACUAACUUUAACUACAGUGAGGAUAUUACCAGCAGAGGAAAUAUUCAUAUUUAUGAUAUUAUUGAAGUGGUUCCCGAACCCGGAAAGCCGAUGACAAAAUUCAAGAUAAAGGAAAUAUUUAAGAAGGAGCAGAAGGGACCAGUUUCUGCCAUUUCAGAUGUUUUGGGCUUUCUGGUGACGGGUCUUGGCCAGAAGAUCUACAUUUGGCAGCUUCGUGAUGGAGACCUUAUUGGAGUGGCUUUUAUAGAUACAAAUAUCUAUGUCCACCAGAUUAUCACCGUGAAAUCCCUGAUUUUUAUUGCAGAUGUCUAUAAAUCCAUAAGUUUGCUGCGCUUCCAGGAGGAGUAUCGCACAUUGUCGUUGGCCUCGCGAGAUUUUAAUCCCCUGGAGGUUUAUGGAAUUGAAUUCAUGGUGGACAACUCAAAUCUGGGUUUCCUGGUAACCGAUGCCGAGCGCAAUUUAAUUGUCUACAUGUAUCAGCCGGAGGCCAGGGAAUCACUGGGUGGUCAGAAACUUCUCCGCAAGGCGGAUUAUCACCUGGGUCAAGUGGUGAACACCAUGUUUCGGGUGCAGUGCCAUCAAAAGGGAUUGCAUCAGCGCCAACCCUUCCUCUACGAAAACAAGCAUUUCGUAGUUUAUGGAACGCUAGACGGAGCUUUGGGAUAUUGCUUGCCCCUUCCCGAGAAAGUCUACAGGAGAUUCCUUAUGUUGCAGAAUGUUCUCCUUUCCUACCAGGAACACCUUUGCGGCCUCAAUCCCAAGGAAUACCGCACUCUCAAGUCAUCCAAGAAACAAGGCAUCAACCCGUCUCGCUGCAUCAUUGACGGAGAUUUAAUUUGGUCAUAUCGCCUCAUGGCCAAUUCGGAACGCAAUGAAGUGGCCAAGAAGAUUGGCACGCGGACUGAAGAAAUCCUGGGUGAUUUGCUGGAGAUCGAACGACUAGCCAGCGUUUUUUAGACAUCCUAUAGUGUCAAAGGUGUAAAGUUUUAGUUUAUAGUUGUAUUUGUAAUUUAUGUUACGAGUUUCUCAAUUGUAAAUCUAGUUUUAUAGCCACAACAAAGUAUUUUGUUAAGUAAA